AUGGCCGUGUUCGUCAUUCACACGGGUACCGAUUGCAUAUAUCGUCUAGAUAGGUUAACUGCAGGCCCGGAGAAUCAACUUGAUUUUAUCCCACCUCGCGCCAUGCCACUGCAUGCCAGUAGUCUCAUAGCAUGCCUGAGUGCGCUUUCCGCAUCCGUCAAUCGAGAGGAAUGGACCUGGCGAGCACUGCGUCUGCUUUCCCGUCGAUGUUCUCAAUUUUACACAAAUUGGAAUCCUCCAGGCCGCCCCAUAAAAGACUAUCUAACCAACAUCUUAACAGAAAAGCUUCACUUCGAGGGUAGUGAAAAUCGUACCAAUGGCGAAGUGAAUCAAAAGCAACUGGCCAGAGGUCCUGGUGGUGGUCGAGGCGACGCCGUAAGCCUAACUUCUAAAUCAACUAACCCUCAACUCAAGCCUGCUUCUCAGGUUGCCGGGGGCAGUCAAAGGACUCCAGUUACCGUCUCAAAGAAGGUGAAUGAAGAUGAAGCGCCUUCUCUUCGAACGCGUUCCAGAUCCCCUCUGGUUUCGAGGGGACAUUCGCCCUUAACAGAUAAUCUCACACCCGUUAUUGACACCUCCACUAAUGUAAGUCUUUUUGAAGACUUUCUUCAGCGUCAAUACGAGUUCGGAAUUCAACUUAUUCGAAAGCUUUACGAUCUCUUCAAACUCUGUGAUGUAAUUCAGCACCGUAAACCGUUUUUGCAGCAACCUACUGGCAAUUUAGUUACAGCCGUGGUCUUUUGGUUUGGUUUGUUACAGAAGGCUAAUUCGCUACUUUCGGGUGACGAUGGUGAGGAAGAGGAAGAUGAGAUCGAAGACACAGAUGGCGAAGCCGCUGACGAUGAUGAUGACCUUGAGAGUGGUGACCCUGACGACCCACAGACCGAAGAGAAAAUCCCGUCAACUUCACAAUCCGGUCGAAUAAGGCAGGAGCCUCGGGAUUAA